AUGUCCAUACAACCAUUACCGCCAGAAGUCAUUGCUCAAAUCAAGUCUUCAAUCACGAUCACAAGCUUGAAUGGAGUUAUAUGCGAGCUUGUGAAGAACUCUCUGGAUGCUUCGUCCUCGAGAAUCGAUAUUAGUGUUGAUUACACUAGAGGUGGAUGUGUCGUUGAAGAUGAUGGUCUGGGAAUACAACCGUCCGAAUUUGGCGAAGAUGGGUGUCUUGGAAAGCUGUAUCAUUCAUCCAAGUUGAACAGCCAGACUAUAGUUCAUGGCGGUCGUGGAACGUUCCUUGCUUCACUUUCAGCUAUGGCUUUGAUGUCUAUCACAUCACAUUACCAUUUGCAUCGCUCGCACAAUACGAUAAGCAUGCACAAAUCAAAUGUUGUAUCACGCCAAACGCCUGCUCCACCCCAGCAUUAUCUUUCAAAUUCAAAUCAUGGCACACGAGUCACUAUUCGUGACCUCUUUGGGAACAUGCCUGUUCGUGUCAAACAAAGAGCUAUUGCAGCAGAGAAACAACGAAGGAACCACAAAGACUGGGAGGAGUUGAGACGAGCUAUUGUCUUGCUUCUGAUAUCAUGGCCGAGAAAUGUUGCUAUCACUGUUCGAGAGCUGGACAGCAAUCAAAAGCUAGCCAUCCGACCCUCUGUACAUUUCAACGAAGGCAUUACAGGAGUGGAUGCAUCACGAGUCUGCAGCAUUCUCACCCAAGCUACCUUUGUCUCGCUAGACGAGAAAACAUCUUGGGUCCCUGUUGGGAUAUCAACUCAAAGCUUGGUUGUUCAAGGCACCAUCUCUCUCGUUCCGAGUGCUAUCAAGCAAGUUCAGUUUAUCUCUUUCGGUGUUCAUCCUCUGUCGGGUGAAGGUCCAAGCAUACUUCAUGAUGAGAUCAAUCGAUUGUUUUUCAACUCUUCGUUCGGGAAUGAGGAGGAAGUCUCGGAUCUUGAUGAUGCAGAACGGACCAGAAGAGCGAAAGAUCGACGAUUCAAUAGCGAUGGGUACACUAACAAAGAGCUGAAGGGAGGAAAGAAAGGCGUGGACAGAUGGCCAAUGUUCUAUAUCAAUAUUGGUCAAGUAUCAUCGGCAGGAACUGGUGAGAUGAAUCCCGAUGGUAUUUUUGAUGACACUGGCAACAAAUUCGGCGCAAUCAUGGAGCUGCUACAAGUCAUGAUAACGAAGUUCCUAACCGUUCACCAUUUUCGGCCGAAGCCCAGUCGCGGGUUGCGUUCGAGGAAGCAUAAUGAGGGCGAUUUCCCUCAACCCGCAUUCCCAAAUGGGUCGUUAGCCGAAACGAAAAUAUCUGCAAGUUUGAACAGAGUGGCGGCACAAGCCAAGAAGAGUGCAGAGUCGAGAAGUGGGAAGUCCAGACUAGAUCCUCUUGGAACAAACGUCAGGCUUCCACCAUUUCGCCGCUCUUUGUCAAAACAGGACUCGCCAUUUGAAGGUUGGUCGAAAGUCAAAAGCGGUGCAGUCAUCGUCGAUCUGAGUGAAAAGGAAAAGCGGGAAGAAACGAUUGCUAGACCAUCAUCAGCACCGCCGUUAAUUCGAGGAACGACCACAGAACGAUCACAAACUCCACUGAUAGCUAAGGAUGGCAAGCUUCUUCGCCAACCAUUUGAUGAUGUAGUCACAGCACGGGCUCGUACGACCAAAGUCAUUCGAGGCCCCACUCCAGCCUCUCAAACGAUUCAAACAACAAGUCAUGAUGGCGAUGAGUUCGUGGCAUGGGUAAAUCCCAUCACCAAAGUAAGAUGCUUGGUGAACCAGCGGACAGGUAUGACACUGCCUGCGAAGAACGAAAGGCAUGGGAGGAUUUCUACAAAGCCAUCUUUCUCGAGCCAGUCGAAUAGAAACAGCACAGAACCCUCAAACGCGUGGAUUAGUGAUAUAUUGCAAGGUUGGGAAAAUCCCGUCUUCUCUACUGUUGAACCUACGAUACCGCAGAUUUUGCUAGAAGGUCCCGACGAACAUACACAAAGCAUCCUUCAUGGGCGCCACCAUCACUGCUCCCAGAUCGACAUUGAUCUUGCUUUCAAAGAGUCAUCGGCUGGCGUCAGUGGUCGAAUCUCGAAGUCUGCUCUGAGGAACGCUGAAGUUGUCUCACAAGUCGACCGAAAAUUCAUUCUUGUGAAGGUGCGAGCAUUAUUUGCCCAGUCAUGCGAUGACAAAAACAGUGACGGUAUUCUUAUUCUCAUUGAUCAACACGCAGCUGACGAAAGAAUUCGUAUCGAAUCGUUGAUGGAGCAGCUUUGCACGCCUUCGAAGGAUGACUGCGUUGCACCAGAAUCUCCUGUGGUCACUACACUUCUCAACAAACCUCUUGUGUUUGAAAUAUCCAUGAGAGAGGUACAGGUUCUUAAUUCCAAGAUCUCCUACUUCGCCUAUUGGGGCAUACGAUACGAGGUGGCUUUAAACCUUAGGGGGUCCGAUACCAUCGAUGCCAAGGCGAUGCCUCGCCUCUCAGUUCGAUCUCUUCCUCCUGGUAUCAUCGAGAGAUGCAAACAGGAGCCUAGGCUUCUAAUAGAGUUGAUACGAACCGAAGCAUGGAAGGCUCACGAGCUGGGCAAGAAUGCCCCGGACGUUUCGGCGGGGCAACAAACAUGGCUGCAGCGAACCCAAACCUGUCCUCAAGGCAUAUUGGAUAUGUUGAACUCAAGAGCAUGCAGAGGUGCCAUCAUGUUCAAUGAUGAGUUGAGUAAGACUCAAUGCGAGAAGUUGGUGAGAAAGCUGGCAGAUUGCAAAUUUCCUUUUCAGUGUGCGCAUGGCCGACCAAGCCUUGUGCCUCUGGUCGAUACAAGUACCAUGAAGAAGGCGGAGCAUCGAGUAGCUGUGAUACUUGGCGAGGAAGAAAACGGCUCAUUCGGUCAUGCAUUCCGAGAAUGGAAGCAGAAAAGUCAGUCAUAUGGCUGUCUCAGGAGGAGGAGGGCCUCCUCAGGAGGCACGAUUUAG